AUGGGGGGUCCUUCUUCGAUCAGGUCUCUCAGUGUUUCCGAUCGAUCGAUCGAGGGAGCCAGGCGAGGAUUUCGUGCCCUUUUCCAGGCGCGCUCUGACGAUGGCCGUCUCCAGGCAUUCGGUCAUUACAUUCCUGGCGACCAGGCUGGGAUCCUCUGCUGUACGCACACUCAUGCCGAGCGACAAUUGAGAAGUCUGAUCUCAAGCCUCAGUCCAUACGAGGCCAGAACGCUGCGAACGAGAACAGGUGGACGUGAACGUGGUGCUGCAUGGAACGCGACGUGGCUAGCGGGAGUCCAACGCCUGGCAGCCCAGGUUAAUUGGCACGGCGAAGGAACUGAGCAGCGCUGGGCUGACUGGCGUGCAUGGCUGGGACGGGCAAGCUGGAUCGGUGCAGCCAACCGCAUCUCUGCCGUUGCUCAACGGCGUCUGCAGCCCUUGCAUCUGGCGCCAUCGUUUGGCCUCGCUCGACUUGCGACCGUCACCCACUCCUUGCUCGUCACCUCACUCUUGCUCUCGUUCUCUGAUCAGCACGAUCCUUCGGCCACCCUCUCCUCUGCAUUUCGGCUUUCUCGAUCGGUCGGCGGCUCGCGCAACUCGUCCUCUGAGCCUGCCUCUGUCUUUCAGUCGCGAGAAUCGAUCUACCUCGCCCGUCGGGGUCUCUCCGAGAAGAUCUGCAUCUAUCCUCUAGCCGCCUCUCGCAAACCUGCAAUGACCAACUCGGCUACCGCAGGAGAUGUGGAGCGCCUCACCGCUCAGAUGAGUCUGUCGGACUCGCAGCUUCCCUCUUCAAAUGGUGUGGCCCCGUUACCGCCGCAGGCAGCCACUGGUGGGCCACCGUCCCGAGCCUCGCCCUCUCUCCGUCCCAAUCAAGCAACAGGCGGGCCAUCCGCAGCAAGACCUGCCAACACCGCUGUCGGAGCCGCCGAGCGAGCGCGCCAGAUGGCCGGAGCACGCCUUCCGCCGAGCUUGCAGGCCAAGCUUGCCGCCAACGCCAACCGCUCCGCACACUCACCUUCGCCCAACCACGCAGUUCUCGGUCACGAUCAGCGCAUCGACAGCAGCGCGAGUGCAUCGCUCUUUGUCUCGGCAGCCGCGCGCCCGGGCGCAUCUCCGGGCACCGGCAUGGGCGGCCUCGCCGCUCGCAGGGGCAUUCCUGGUACCCUCGGUGCGCCUUCACCAGGCUCGCCUUCAGCCACCCCUGGCGCUGGCAUGGGCGCUAGGCGCAAUCGACCAGGCCUCAAACUCAGCGACAUGGGCGUCGGCGCCGGCGAUGGACUCGACACAGGUAGCGCGCCGCGUUCCGGCAUGGGCGCAGGCACAGGUCGGAGAGCACCACCGCCAGGGCGCUUGCCCGACACCACCGACGCUUCCAAGGGCAGCGAUGGCACCGCGCAGCAGAACGGUGCCAUGUCGACGCCCUUUAGCAACUUUUCCAAGAUCGUCGAUCCCUCCGGUCGGCUCAACUUCAGCGGCAAGGCCGUGCUGCAUGCCUCCGGUGUCGAGUUUGGCAACGGCACCUCGUUCAAGAUCAACAUGGCCGAGCUCGAGUUGCUCGACGAGCUCGGCAAGGGCAACUACGGUACGGUGCGCAAAGUGCGACACACCCAGACGCACGUCGAGAUGGCCAUGAAGGAGAUCCGCCUCGAGCUGGACGAAUCCAAGCUCAACGCCAUCAUCAUGGAGCUCGACAUCCUGCACCGCGCCACCGCGCCGCAGAUCGUCGAGUUCUACGGCGCCUUUUUCAUCGAAUCGUGCGUGUACUACUGCAUGGAGUACAUGAAUGCCGGCAGCCUCGACAAGCUGUACGGCGAGCGCGGCAGCGUGCCCGAGGACGUGCUGGCGAGGAUCACGGGCAGCAUGGUGCGCGGGCUGAGCUUCCUCAAGGACCAGCUGCAGAUCAUGCAUCGCGACGUCAAGCCCACCAAUGUGCUCAUCAACCAAAAGGGCCAGGUCAAGCUGUGCGACUUUGGCGUGUCGGGCCAGCUGGAAAAGUCGCUGGCCAAGACCAACAUUGGAUGUCAGUCGUACAUGGCGCCCGAGCGCAUCAAGGGCGAGUCGCAGAACAUGCUGGGCACGUAUACUGUAGCGUCGGACGUGUGGUCGCUGGGCCUGUCGAUGGUGGAGACGACGCAGGGGACGUAUCCGUAUCCGCCAGAGACCUACUCGAACGUUUUUGCGCAGCUGCAGGCGAUCGUACAUGGCGACCCGCCCGAGCUCCCGGCGGAGCUGUACUCGGAAACGGCGCGCGACUUUGUGGCCAAGUGUCUGGAGAAGGUGCCGUCGCGUCGACCGACGUAUGCGCAGCUGCUGCAGCACGACUUUUUGGUGCAGGACGCGGCCAAGGGCGAGGAGGGCGUCGACAUGGUCGGGUGGGUAGCGCGCGCCAUCGCAGCCCGCGCCCACAAGAAGGAGCAGGCGCAGGCCAACGGCGUGGCGUCGCCACCAGGGUCAUCGGCAGCAUUGCCCCAAUAG